AACUACAUCAAUCUAGAAUUUUCCAAAACAUCGACUGGUAAAUAUAUACUCCGCGCUUGAACCUGCCUUUAUUCAUAUCUAGACAUGCUGAAUUAGGAAGGCCUUGUUUAUUUUUAAGAAUUGUGUUGCAUAUUCCAAUUCCAUGGAGCAGACGACUCCUAAGGACGGAUACAACUGCCUAGCAGCCGAACUUCCUCUCUACUAUGCAGAAUGUGCCAAAUAUCCAGAAAUGAACGUUCCUGAUAAAAUGAAGUACGAGAUCAUCAGAUAUUCUUCUUUCAGUGACUUUAAAAGAAAUUGUCCUAUCUCACUCAUGAAGCUUUCAAGAGCUGGAUUUUACUAUGAUGGAAGCUCAGAUUCUGUGACAUGUUACCAAUGUAACUACGCUUAUACUGAUAUUCAGUCAAGUGAUGAUCCGAUGGAAAUCCAUUAUAAAAAUUCACCAAAUUGUAAUUUUGUAAAAGGAAAUUACGAUUCAAGCCAUUUAGCAACAAGUGUUGUCAGAGAAGAAAGUCAUAGUCCAGCAGUUCUAAGGAAUACUUAUGGUGGACAGUCGGAUAUCACUGAAUCAAUCAUUAAUCAGAGACAACAUAAUUCCAUUGAAAAUAGUGCAUUAAUACAAAACCAACGAAAUGGUCAAGGGUCUAUUGAGGAAAAGAACAGACCUUCUUCCUCAAGUAUUAACUCAACAACACAGGCGUCUGGUCAAAAUGUGUGUAAAGGUCGACCGAAAAUAACAAGGAAGGCAAUAUUUGAGGACCUUGGAAUAUGCAUUGAAAAACCUAAGCACCCAAAGUAUGCAAUACUAACCAACAGGUUGACUUCCUUCAAUUCAUGGCCAACACCAGGCAUUGUCAGUGGAGAGAAAUUGUCCAAAGCUGGAUUUUUCUACGAUGGUUCAAAAGAUCAAGUUCAUUGCUUUUUCUGUGGUGGAGGAUUUAAGGAUUGGGAAGAAGACGUAGAUCCUUGGAUUGAGCAUGCGCGCUGGUUCCCUAGCUGCUCAUUUGUUAAACAGUGCAAAGGAGGCAAAUUUAUUCAAAAAGUCCAAGCGAAGGAACAAGGGAGAGAGACACUAAAGGAGGAACAUUAUAAUUCUGCAGCAUUUCAAAGUGUCAUGGAGAUGGGAUUCUCAAAAGAAGAAAUCAGAAAGGUUUAUGAAAAAAGUCUUUAUAAAGGAAGCUGUAUUUCUGCUGAUCAGCUGCUUGAAUUGUUGUGGGGGACAAGCAAUAUAAACAAUAAGCAUUAUGAAAAAGACUCGAAUCCAGAAAGUGACCAAAACAAGGAAAGGGAAGACAUCGAAACAAGAGAAAAAUUCGACUACUGUAACGAGCAGGGUUACGAAGCUCUAGUUUUAGAACACCAGAUGCUAUUAGAACAGUCAUUAUGCAAAGUCUGCAAAGAUGAUAAUGCAACCACCGUGUUUUUGCCUUGUGGUCAUAUGUGUACGUGCGUGGACUGUGCACCAGCCAUGGUAAAGUGUCCAAUAUGUCAGACAUUCGUGAAAGGAACUGUGAAAGCCAUUUUAAGUUAAAUGUUUGAACUGUAAAUUUCAUAUGUGCCAAACUUUUAAUGUAUACAUUGUCAUGUAUUUACCAAUUGAAAAGAUGCAAUUGUAAGACAGCAAGUAUUUUAACCUGGCAAAUUUUGAAAGAUUGUAAAGAAUAUUUUAUAUUUUUCAAAAAGAUUUGAUUUUUACGAAAGGACUUGCAAAAAAUACACUUUCAAUGUUUAUUUAUUGUAUUUAUUGUUUUAUGUUAAUUGCAAUAUGUUGUUGAAUUUACAAUAAAUUAAAAUAUGGAAAAAAUGAAA